UGCUAGCCAUUAUAAAUCAUUAAAGCUGUUAUGGAGACUGUCCCAACCGCAGCUAUGUUUCAAAAGUCUGCCUGCAGCAAAUUAUGGUACUUUUUGUUUGCUCUUUUGUUCCCAUGUUGUCAAACUUUGCAUGCCAGAGCUCCACCACUGUCACAUUCUCCUUUCAUGUCCAUAUGGAAUGCUCCUACAGAACUUUGCAUGAAAAAAUUCAAAAUCUAUAUAGAUACCAGAGUUUUCCAGAUGGCAGGAAGCACAUUACCAUCUGCCAGGGCUCAGAACAUCUCACUGUUCUAUACUGAUACUGGGUAUUAUCCCUAUAUAAAUCUGACUACAGGACAGAGCUAUAACGGUGGUAUCCCUCAGAUGGUAAAUAUGAAUCAGCAUUUAAAGAAGGCUAAAGAAGACAUUCUGUACUACAUGCCGUACUCCACGCAAAAGGGCUUGGCUGUAAUUGACUGGGAGGACUGGAGACCUACUUGGAUGAGAAACUGGGCUUCAAAAGCUGUCUACAGGAAACAGUCAGUUGAGUUUGCACAACAGAAAGACCUUUCACUCACUGGACAUAAGGCAUCAUCAGUUGCCAAAGCUCAGUUUGAAUUUGCAGCAAAAAACCUCAUGUUGGAUACAUUAAAACAGGGGAAAUCACUGAGGCCGAACUAUUUGUGGGGCUUCUACCUUUUUCCUAACUGCCAUAAUUAUGACUAUAAUCAAAAUCCUCAUAAUUACACAGGACGCUGCCCAGCAAUUGAAGUGUUAAGAAAUGAUCACCUCAGAUGGUUGUGGAAGGAAAGCACAGCAUUUUAUCCAAAUAUUUAUCUGGAAACUGCCCUCAAGUCUUCCUAUAAUGCAGCACUUUCUCGGAGUAGAGUUCAGGAGGCUAUGAGAUUAUCUACACUGCCAAAUGUGCCACAUUCCCAACCUGUAUUUGUAUACACACGUCCUGUAUUCACUGAUCAACCUUUUCACUAUUUAUCUAAGACUGAUUUGAUUAAUACCAUUGGAGAAAGUGCAGCAUUAGGAACCAAUGGAUUUAUAAUGUGGGGUGAUGUCAACUUAACAUUAAGUGUGAAAACUUGUACAACUUUAAAUCAUUACCUUGUGAAUGUUUUAAAUCCCUACGUUAUCAAUAUUACAUUAGCUACAAAACUUUGCAGUAAGGUUCUCUGUCACAAUAAUGGAGCGUGUGUACGGAAAUAUUGGAACACAAACCAUUAUCUGCACCUGAAUGGAAAAAAUAUGUUGAUUGAACGAAAGCAAGGAUCAUACUUUGUACAAGGACAGCCAACUUUAGCAGACCUGAAUCAAUUUGCGCUAAACUUUAAAUGUCACUGUUAUGCAGGGAGGACUUGCAAAACACCUUCUGAUUUACAAAGCAUUGGCAAUGUGUCUGUAUGCAUGUCACAUAACAUCUGCAUAAAGACAAACUUUAAUACAAAGUCAAAUAAUAUUGCCAUUAUUAAUAAAGACAAACACAAGAGGGCGCCAACAUAG